UACGACAACGUCCAGGUAUCGGUUUGGACUUGCGCAGAGAAUUUGUUGCCGGAUAAGCAACGUAAUUCCUAUGUACACGCGUAUACACAAUCGCAGUGUUUGGAGUACAUCGGUCAAACUCUCUAGUGUAUUCUUCAAGGGAAGUACCAACAGAAUCGGUCAGUCAGUGCCAGUCUGCCGAGUCGAGCAGACAAUUUCUCCCAAUUUUCUGCUCCAGAUAGUACAUUAUUAUCACAGAGACCUUCAGAAAUCGUUCGCCAUGAGUCUAGCAAGGCAGAAAUUUCACGAAGAGUGCGAAGCGGCGCUUAAUAAGCAAAUCAAUUUGGAGUUGUACUCGAGCUACGUUUAUCUCUCCAUGGCAUAUCACUUCGACCGAUGUGACGUAGCUCUUCAAGGUCUCCACAAAUACUUCAAAAGUGCGUCCGAUGAAGAACGCGAACACGCAAUGAAGUUUAUGACGUACCAAAAUAAAAGGGGCGGAUCUAUUGUACUAACGGAUAUAAAGGCUCCUGAAAAAGAUAACUGGGGCACUGCCAAGGAAGCGAUGGUGGAAGCAUUGAAUUUGGAAAAGAAAGUCAAUGACAGCCUGUUAGAGUUGCAUGCCUUGGCGUCAGGACACAACGAUCCGAAUUUCGUGGACUUUUUGGAAACGGAGUUUUUGCAAGAGCAGGUCGACGCGAUAAAAGAAAUCGCCGAUCAUGUGACAAAUCUAGAAAGAGUUGGAGAAGGCCUCGGCGUUUUCGUUUUCGAUAAAGAACUCCACGAAUCUUCAUCAUGAAUCUAAAUAAACGUCAUCGAACGGCGACAAAAGGAUUUAAAAGGCGAUCGAAAUAGUAAUUUGAAAUGAAUUUUUUUCACGAGGGUCAUUAUCGAAGAAAAGAGUAAACACAACACUAAUAAACAAAAAAGAUAAGGAGUAUUAUGUUGGAGAACGUGAUUUGAUUUGUGUCAUUGACGAGCUGAAGAUUUGUACUACAAAAACCGAGUAUUACCUGUCAAUUAUAUAGAUCGCACAAAUAGGAUUGUAUGUGUCUUAUUGUUCUUACUGAAACGCAGAAUAAUUAUCAACACACCUCCAUACACAUGUGUACUUUCCAUUGAUCAUUUUAGUGUAACAGUGUUGUUAAAAAUUGUACAAUUACAGCGUUCUUGUAAUAGCUGCAAAUGUCAGUCAAUGCGGGAAAACUUUUUUUCUUCCUAUUGUAGUUAUUGUAAUAUCUUUAAUAUUCAAUAUACCAAAUUGAGCAUAUA